CGCCCGGCCGGACCUUCGGGGCAUCAGCUGGGCCGCCACCCAAAUCGCACCAGCCCGCCCGCGCUGCCCCACGCUGCUCUGGGAUAUUACGAUAACGGCUCCGCGGGCUGCGGCCUUGCCCACGAAAACGGGUUGACGGCGGCGGCCAAUCCAUGGGGCUGCCCACCUCCUGGGGGCGGCGUGCAGCCUUCGAGCCCCGCGGGCGGUUCCCCAGGGCGUCGAAGAAGCCGGUCGUCGUGGUGGACGCGCCGGGCGACCCGCGCAACCUCGGGCGCCGAUUUUGUGUCCACCCAUUGGAAUGCUCAAACGCCGUCGUUCGCGGUCGGCGCGGGGCAGAGCCAGAGCGAACGCCCAUCGCCGCCGCGACGACGUCGGUCUGUAGCCUGUCCACGGCGACUCGCGAAGUCGUAGGAGGAGAUGGACAUCAAUGCUCUCUGUUUCGCGGAUACCAAAGCCUCGAUACGCUGGCCGCAGCCCCAGAACGAGACGCGGACCACGGCGCCGCGAGCGCACCCGAUCUGUGACGAAUCUGCGGUGCGCCGUCGAGCACAUGGUCACCGUGACCUACGCGACGGGCAGGCAUCCCCAAGGCUCGGCUCGCUCAGCAGGAGACCUCCUCUAAACGUGUGGGGCUCCUGAUCUCAGGGAGUGCUGGCGACGCGGCGUCUGCUCGACGGCGUGUGGCGGGCAACUUCUACGCCAUCGACGCGCCGUCUGCUCGAUGGCGUGGAGACGCGCUCACCGGAGUCGUAGUGCGGACCCUUCGGUUUUGUUAUCCCCGGGGAAGCGCUCCAGU